AUGCUUCCAGUAGCCCAGGGUACCGUAUUGGCGCAACGAGAACUCGACGCUACUACCGAAAGCAGUCUUGCCUGGAGCUCGAGUACCGUUCUUUCCAUCGGAGACGGCUGCUUGCAGAUGAUGGUGCAAGAGCUUGGAACUAUAAUUCGUCACAACCUCAAUGUUUUCAUCUUCUUGAUGAAAAACAGUGGGUACACUAUCGAGAGUUGCAUCCACGGAUUGGAGCAGAAAUACAAUGAUGUCGCACCGUGGCGAUACCUGCAGACACCUGGGUUUUUCGGUGCCGAAGAGGGCACUUUCACAGCCGCGGUCAGGACGUUCGGCGAAUUACAAGCAGCCUUGAAUGAUGAGCUGCUGCAAAGCAGUCUAGUCCUUCGGAUGGUGGAGGUAUUUACAGGCCGUGAAGAUGCACCUACUAGACCGCUCACAAGUCUCUUGGAAAACGAGAGAAUGCGACUUGCAAGCCAAAGAGGCCCUAGUUAUUGA